UUGAUGGAUCCAUUCUUAGUCUUGGGAUUCGGUUUGCUCUGUCUCUUUCUCCUUUCACUAUGGAGACAGAGCUCUGGAAGAAACAAACUCCCUCCUGGACCUAAUCCUCUCCCAAUUAUUGGAAAUAUCCUACAGAUAAAUUUUAAGGACAUAAGCACAUCCUUAACCAAUUUGUCAAAAGUCUAUGGCCCGGUAUUCACUGUGUAUUUGGGAAUGAAGCCCACUGUGGUGCUGCAUGGAUAUGAGGCUGUAAAGGAAGCAUUGGUUGACUAUGGUGAGGAGUUUUCCGGAAGAGGCAAAUUAAUAAUGCCUGAAAAAAUUAGCAAAGGCCUUGGAAUCUUUUCCAGCAAUGGAAAGUAUUGGAAAGAGACAAGACGGUUCUCCCUCAUGACUCUGAGGAAUUUUGGGAUGGGGAAGAGGAGCAUUGAGGACCGUAUUCAAGAGGAAGCACGCUGCCUUGUGGAGGAGUUGAGAAAAACCAAUGGUUCACCCUGUGAUCCCACCUUUAUCCUGGGCUGUGCUCCCUGCAAUGUAAUCUGUUCCAUUAUCUUCCAUAAUCGCUUUGACUAUAAAGAUCAGAAUCUUCUUGUCCUUAUGAAAAGAUUCAAUGAAAACGUCAAGAUAUUGGGCUCCCCAUGGAUGCAGAUAUGCAGAUUCUUUCCUGCUCUCAUUGAUUACUUCCCAGGAAGUCAUAAUAGAGUGCUUAAAAAUGUUUCUGAAAUUAGAAAUGAUAUUUUGGAGAAAGUAAAAGAACACCAAGCAUCAUUGGAUAUUAACAAUCCUCGGGACUUUAUUGAUUGUUUCUUGAUAAAAAUGGAGGAGGAAAAACACAAUCAAGAGUCGCUGUUUACUGUGGAAAGUUUGUUAGUCACUGUCUCUGAUUUGUUUGCGGCUGGAACAGAGACCACAAGCACAACACUGAGAUAUGCUCUCCUGCUCUUGAUAACGCAUCCAGAUGUCUUAGCUAAACUGCAGGAAGAGAUUGACCAUGUGAUUGGCAGACACCGGGUCCCCUGCAUGCAGGACAGAAGCAACAUGCCCUACAUGGAUGCUGUGUUACAUGAAACCCAGAGAUAUAUUGACCUUGUCCCUGCUGGUGUGCCCCGUUCUGCAACCUGUGAUAUUAAAUUCAGAAAUUACCACAUUCCAAAGGGAACAACAAUAUUACCAUUACUCUCAUCUGUACUAAAAGACAACAAAGAAUUCCCCAACCCAGAGAAGUUUGAUCCUGGACACUUUCUAAAUGAGAGUGGAAACUUUAAGAAAAGUGACUACUUCAUACCUUUCUCAUCAGGAAAACGGAUUUGUGUGGGAGAAGGACUGGCCCGCAUGGAAAUGUUUUUAUUCCUGACCACAAUUUUACAGCACUUUAACCUGAAAUCUGCAGUUGACCCAAAAGAUGUUUAUACCACCCCUGUUACCAAAGGAUUCAUUUCAUUGCCACCCAAAUAUCAGAUGUGCUUCAUUCCUGUCUGA